GGUUUCGUUGCCCGAAGCCGGGAGCGCGGAGUCGUUCCCGGGGGAGGCGGCCAGGCUAUGAUCGCGGGUCCCCGGCGGCCCGCUCCGGCCAAAGAGAGUCUCUGUCUCAGCUGGUGCCCGCGCUCGAACGGUCGUCUCAGCCCAACCCCGCGGCGCAGUUGGCGGCGGCGCCCCCGGCGCGCCCCCUCCUCCGAUGGCGGCAGAGAUCCAGCCCAAGCCGCUGACCCGCAAGCCGAUCCUGCUGCAGCGGGUCGAGGGCUCUCAGGAGGUGGUGAACAUGGCCGUGAUCGUGCCCAAGGAGGAGGGUGUCAUCAGCGUCUCGGAGGACAGGACUGUUCGUGUGUGGUUAAAGAGAGACAGUGGACAGUACUGGCCAAGCAUAUACCAUGUGAUGCCUUCUCCAUGUUCAUGCAUGUCUUUUAACCCGGAAACAAGAAGACUGUCCAUAGGUCUAGACAAUGGUACAAUCUCAGAGUUUAUUUUAUCAGAAGAUUAUAACAAGAUGACUCCUGUGAAAAACUAUCAAGCGCAUCAGAGCCGAGUGACGAUGAUCCAGUUUGUCCUGGAGCUGGAGUGGGUGCUGAGCACGGGACAGGACAAGCAGUUUGCCUGGCACUGCUCCGAGAGUGGGCAGCGUCUGGGAGGUUAUCGCACCAGUGCUGUGGCCUCAGGCCUGCAAUUUGAUGUUGAAACCCGGCAUGUGUUCAUUGGUGACCAGUCAGGCCAAGUAACCAUCCUCAAACUGGAGCAAGAAAACUGCACCCUGGUCACAACAUUCAGAGGACACACAGGUGGGGUGACUGCCCUCUGUUGGGACCCUGUCCAGCAGGUGUUGUUCUCAGGGAGCUCCGAUCACUCUGUCAUCAUGUGGAACAUCGGUGGGAGAAAAGGAACAGCCAUUGAGCUCCAAGGACACAAUGACAAAGUCCAGGCCCUGUCCUACGCACAGCACACGCGGCAGCUCAUCUCCUGUGGCGGUGAUGGCGGGAUCGUGGUCUGGAACAUGGACGUGGAGCGGCAGGAGACCCCUGAAUGGUUGGACAGUGAUUCCUGCCAAAAGUGCGAUCAGCCUUUUUUCUGGAACUUCAAGCAAAUGUGGGACAGUAAGAAAAUUGGCCUGAGACAGCACCACUGCCGCAAGUGCGGGAAGGCGGUCUGCGGCAAGUGCAGCUCCAAGCGCUCCCCGAUCCCGCUGAUGGGCUUCGAGUUUGAAGUGAGGGUGUGUGACAGCUGCCACGAGGCCAUCACAGAUGAGGAACGCGCGCCCACCGCAACCUUCCACGACAGUAAACAUAACAUCGUGCACGUGCACUUUGAUGCGACCAGAGGAUGGUUACUGACUUCGGGAACUGACAAGGUUAUUAAGUUGUGGGAUAUGACCCCAGUCGUGUCUUGAUGCCCCUUCCAGGCGCCAGAAAGACAGAAUUUACUCAAGAAACGGUUGUUCUAACCCAAAUCAUGACUGCAGCGGUAGAGCAGAUGUGCGAGUGGCGGGAGAGAAGCCGAAAAGCUGAGCUGAGCUUGCGUGUCGCCUGCACACGUGGUGAGCGGUCUGAGCUCUUGUGAGGGAACUCUUUCAACUUGUUCAUACAAUAUAAAAAGAGGAUAUUUUUUUAACAAAUGGUUUAUACAGUCUG